GUGGGAGUUGUUGAUCAUGAAUAUUAUGAUAUAUUAGAAGUGGACCCAUUAGCAGACAAUUUGACAAUUAAAAGGGCUUAUAGACGUCUUGCUAUUAAGUUUCAUCCGGAUAAAAAUCCGGAUAAUCCAGAUGAAUCUAGAAAAAAGUUUCAAAAAAUUGGAGAGGCCUAUCAAGUUCUAAGUGAUCCGGAGCUUAGGAGAAAGUAUGAUAUAUAUGGAAAAAAAGAAGCGACACCAGAUCAAGGAUUUUGUGAUCCGUCAGACUUUUUUGCUAAUCUUUUUGGUGGGGAGGCAUUUGUUGAUCUGAUUGGUGAAAUAUCAUUAAUUAAAGAUCUUACAAAAGCGCUAGAAAUCUCAGAAAUGGAAAAAAAGUCUAAGAAUGAAAAUAGUAAUGUAUCGGUAAAGUCAAAUAUUGGAACAACAUUUGCAGAUAAAGCUAUUACAUGUUCAACACCAUCAUCACCAGUUUCAACAGUAUCAGAAACAGAAAAAAAUACACAAAAGAGUUAUAAAAAAAGAGGGUUAACAAAAGAGCAACAAGAGGAAUUAUUAGCUUUUGAAAAAGAAAAGGCAUCAGUACGAAAAAAGCGUGUUGAGCAUCUUGCGAAUAAGUUAGUAGAUCGAUUAAAUAUAUGGACAGAAAGUACAAAAGAUGAGCAUACUACUAAAGCAUUUCAAGAAAAAAUAAAGUAUGAAGCAGAAAUUCUUAAAAUGGAAUCAUUUGGCGUAGAGUUAUUAAAUGCUAUUGGUGUAAUAUAUAUACAAAAAGGAACAUCUUUGCUUAAAUCUCAAAAAUUUUUAGGCAUUAGUGGCAUUUUUAGUAAAAUAAAAGAAAAAGGAACUAUAGCUAAAGACAUCUUUAGCACUAUUUCAAGUGCAUUAGAUGCACAGAUGACGGCAGAACAGUUAUCUAAGCUGGAAGAAAAAGGUGAAGAUCGGGAUGGUACACGUAAAACUGAAUUAGAAAAAGAAAUGACAGGAAAAAUAUUAUUAGCAAGUUGGCGUGGUGCAAAAUUUGAGGUUUCUGGAGUUUUAAGAGAUGUAUGUGAUAAAGUAUUAUCAAAAUCAAUUCCUUUAGAAAAACGUAUAGAACGUGCACGUGCUUUAAUAAUGAUAGGCGCUAUAUUCUGCGAAACACAACCUGACCCUGGAGAUGAAGGAAGAGUUUUCGAAGAACUUAUGCGGAAUUCUACUAAAAAAAAGAAGUAA